AAGGUUUCAGGACAUUGAGACGGGAACUCAGCAAACUCAGGGGAAGUGAACUGAGGCCCAUUAUCAUUGACCAGAGUGGUCGGGUUGCCGUGUCUACUGAAGACAGAGAUGCAGCGGGGCAGUUCUGCGCAUUUGCAAGAUGUCCAGCAGAGCCACAGCGAAAGCAUGUUCGAGCUGACGGAGCAGAAGCAGGUUGUUUUCAUGAGCUCAAGAGACGGCAAGAUUUGGAAAGAGAAAAGGACAGCCUGUGGGCUGGACUGCAGGCUCUGGAACAGGCACAGCUGUGGUAUCAGAGCCGACUGAAGCUAAACUCACAAAGGCAAAGUAGCUCAAGCACAGGAUAUCACGAGAGAGAGGGCAGGGUUUCUUGUGCUUUGCGGUCAUGUUUGCAGCGUGUCAAUGGGAGUCUGGGUACAUUGAUGAGCGACACUAGUUUAAGGAGUCAUCCAGCUCCAGAGGAAACAGGAGGUUCAGAUUGGGCUCUCCGAUGUACCAACACCACGCUGGUCAAGCGAACCCGCUACACUGGUGCCGAAACCCGGGAAGGAGGUAGGAGGGACACCGCCAUCAUGCAGGCAGCAUCAGGCACGCCGUUUGCGGACAUCAUCGCAUCUCUCGCGGUCCUCCACCGCGAACAACACCAGGCGCUGCUGGACCUUCGGAGUGACCACGAGCUCCGCUUCCAGACCAUCUUCCAGGCUCAGCGAGAGGACCGCGAGAGCUUCCGGAGCUGGAUGGGCCAGGGGGUUCGGGCAGAGGCGUCCGCACCCGUGACUACCGCCGCGUUCCUGCCGCUGUCGAAGAUGGGGCCGGAGGAUGACCCGGAGGCGUUCCUCGACCUCUUCGAGAAAACGGCGGAGACUAGCGGCUGGCCCCCGGAGGAUUGGGCGAGGCGACUCCUGCCGUUGCUGUCGGGGGAAGCGCAGCUGGCGGCCCGGCCACUGCCCGUCCAGAACCUCCUGGUCUUCGACGACCUGAAGAGGGCCAUCCUACAGAGGGUCGGCCGUAGCCCAGAGGAGCAUCGUCAGCGAUUCCGGACGCUGGGGCUGGGCGAAAGCGGCCGUCCCUUCGUGAUGGCCCACCAGCUCCGGGAUUCCUGCCGCAAAUAGCUGCUGGCUGGGAACGGUGACGUCGAGGACAUCAUCGACCGCGUGGUGCUGGAGCAGUUCAUCGCUCGGCUUCCCAAGAGAACGGCCGAGUGGGUCCAGUGCCACCGCCCGACGUCGCUGGACUCAGCCAUCCAGCUGGCGGAAGACCAGAUGGUGGUGUGCCCCGGGGUUGGCGAACCCCUUCCGGCUGUCUCUCUCUCCUCUCAGGAGGCUGUUCCUCUCUCUCCCUCUUUUUUCUCUCCCUCUCCUCGUCCUGUCCCUGCUCCUAGGUCCCGUCCCCCCGGUCCACCACGAGUGCCGCCUCGACGACGGUUUCCCCAGCCCGGGGACUACACGAGCGGGUAUCGUGCUCUGCCCCGGGGAUUCCAGGACGGCCAUGGGUCCACCCUCUCUCCGCGCCCUUCGCAUGCUCCACUUCCCACCACUCGGGUGGCGGAGACGCCUGGGCCGGCCUGUUGGCGAUGCGGAGACCCGGACCAUUGGGUCGAUCGGUGCCCAGUGAUGGAAAUCGGGACGAUGGUCCGGGUUCCCGACACGCCGCAGGCUGCCCCCGGUCAGAAUGGAGGGUACCAAAUUCCUGUGAGUAUCGGGGGGGUACAUACCCGGCUCUGGUGGAUUCCGGUUGUAACCAGACCUCCAUCCACCAAAGCCUGGUUCGACCCGGGGCAUUGGAUAAUAGCCGCAUGGUUCGGGUACGGUGUGUACACGGGGAUGUGGUGAGAUAUCCUUUAAUCCCCGUCCUUAUUCAAUUCAGGAGAGAAAAGCAUAGAGUUGAGGUGGCGGUUAACCCACACCUCCGACACCCGCUGAUCUUGGGAACUAAUUGGCCUGCAUUCGCGGAAUUAUUGGAGUGCUUAUGUGCGGGUGUCGCUUGGGGUCCAGAGGCACAGGGAGUCGGCGCGCUCGUGCAGGCAGGAGAGGCUGUUACAGGGGAAGCGAGCGGAUCCAAGGGGCGAAUCCUCUCGGAACGCGAUGACUUUCCCUUGGAACAAUCCCGGGAAGAAUCACUCAAGUUCGCCUGGGAACAGGUUCGCUAUGUGGACGGUCAACCUCUCCAACCUGCCCGACCGCGCUCCUAUCCUUAUUUUGCAGUUAUAAAAGACCGGUUGUAUUGAGUGACCCAAGACGCUCAAACAAAGGAAGAUACAACCCAGUUGUUGGUACCACGGGGCCGCCGGGAAAUGCUUUUCCAGGCGGCACAUUGUAAUCCUAUGGCGGGGCAUUUAGGACAAAACUCGACACUAAACCGCCUCAUGGCCCGAUUUUUUUGGCCGGGCAUUCACGAGAACGUACGCAGGUGGUGCGCCUCGUGUCGUGAAUGUCAGCUGGUAAACCCUCCGGCCUCCCCAAAAGCGCCAUUGCGCCCUUUACCGCUAAUGCAGGUCCCCUUCGAUAGAAUUGGUAUGGACCUAAUCGGGCCAUUGGAGCGGUCAGCGAGAGGACAUCGAUUUGCAUUAGUCUUAGUGGAUUAUGCAACCCGAUAUCCCGAGGCAGUGCCGCUCCACAGCAUCUCUGCUAAGAGUGUGGCGGAGGCACUGUUUCGCGUCAUCUCCCGCGUGGGGAUCCCCCGGGAGAUCCUCACGGAUCAAGGCACGGCGUUCAUGUCACGCACGAUACGCGAGCUGUAUGAGUUAUUGGGCAUUAAAUCGGUCCGUACCAGCGUCUUUCACCCUCAAACAGACGGGUUGGUAGAACGGUUUAAUCGCACGUUGAAAACCAUGAUUCGUAAGUUCGUAAACGAGGACGCCAAAAAUUGGGAUAAAUGGUUAGAACCCCUCUUAUUCGCUGUGCGAGAGGUCCCGCAAGCCUCCACAGGGUUUUCCCCCUUCGAGCUUCUCUUUGGACACCAGCCCCGAGGGGUUUUGGACGUCCUGAGAGAGACUUGGGAGGACGGACCCUCCAACAGCAAGAAUGAAAUUCAACAUGUCCUGGACCUGAGAACAAAACUCCAUACACUGGGGCGGCUAUCUAUGGAGAAUUUGUUACAGGCCCAGGAAAAACAGAGCCGGCUGUAUAACAGGGGAACCAACCUCCGGAAAUUUUCACCGGGAGAAAAAGUGCUUGUAUUACUCCCCACCUCGAGUUCCAAAUUACUAGCCAAGUGGCAAGGGCCAUUUAAGGUCACACGGCAAGUGGGAGAUCUUGAUUAUGAAGUAAUACGGUCAGAUAGGAGAGGGGCACGUCAAAUUUACCACCUCAAUCUCCUUAAAAAAUGGCAGGAGGUGGAACCCGUGAUGCUGGCGACGGUAAUUAGUGGGGAGGAUGAUCUGGGACCAGAAGCGAAUAUAAAACCACAAUCACUCACUCUGGCUCUGGGGGGAGAUCACCUCUCACCAUCCCAGCUCACGGACAUAGCCAGGUUGCAGGCGGAAUUCGCAGACGUGUUCUCGCCCCUACUGGGACGCACGAAACUCAUUCAGCACCAUAUCGAUACGGUGCCGGGCGUGGUAGUUCGUAGCCGGCCCUACCGUUUACCUGAGCACAAGAAAAAUGUGGUUCAGACGGAAUUAGCGGCGAUGCUCGAGAUGGGGGUAAUAGAAGAAUCCAACAGUGACUGGGCGAGCCCGAAAGUUUUAGUUCCCAAGACGGACGGCUCGGUCAGAUUCUGUGUGGAUUAUCGCAAGGUGAACGCGGUAUCGAAAUUCGAUGCCUAUCCAAUGCCACGGGUCGACGAGUUACUGGACCGGCUAGGCACGGCUCGUUUUUAUUCGACAUUGGACUUAACGAAAGGGUACUGGCAGAUCCCCCUAUCGACAUUAUCUAAGGAAAAAACUGCCUUCACCACGCCGUUCGGGUUACACCAAUUCGUGACGCUUCCGUUAGAUUGUUCGGAGCGCCGGCCACCUUUCAGCGCCUCAUGGACCGUAUCCUCCGACCCCAUACGGCAUAUGCCGCUGCUUAUCUGGAUGACAUCAUCAUUUAUAGCAACGACUGGCAGCGGCAUAUCCAACACUUGAGGGCAGUUUUGG